AUGCCGUUGGGACCAAGCGAUCUGGAAGGAAUGAAGAGCGAGCAACAAGGACCACAACAUGUUACUACUUCUACUGAAGAUGGUCCCUUGCCAUCUGAAGUUGACAAGAAGAAUGAUUUACUGAAGUUUGUUCAAACUAUCAAAUUGAAGCAGUUAAACUCGAACAAGCACCAGGAUGUUGAGUUUCAGAAAGGAGAUUCGAAUGCUACUACCAAGUCUAUGAAUAUAUCUUAUAUGGCGGAAGGAUCACCACCUUUUUCUAUAGAAUAUAAGCCAGGCUUAUCAAAGAAGCAGAGUGUUUAUUCAGUUAGUGAACUACUCAAGCUGCAGAAUAAUAUCCCGGAUGAUGUUACCAGCAAUAUACUUCUCACCCUGCCAAAAAAGAGCUUUUGGAGGUUAAGCGGAAGAGGAUAUCAUGAAGGGAAGCACAGCCAUAAUCAUGGUGGAAAGGACAGUGGUUCACAUGACAAGAAAAGUUCUAGGAAUCGUAAUUCUAGGAAUAAUGGCAGGCGCAACAACCAAAAUAAUAAUGGUGGUAAUUUGAGAAACCCUAACCAUGAUUCUUCUAAGGAAGUCAGUAGGGAUGAGUUGCUUGCCAUGGAGGAGGAGUUGCAGCCAACUGGGAACUCCAUGGCGGAUUUUGAAAAGUGGAGGGCACAGGUAAAGGAACUUGAACGAAAGAAAAAGGGACUUCUACGUUCAGAGCUUAAACAGGAGGACAGUAUGAAAGCGACGACAUCUUUGUCUGAUUUCUUUAACUUUAAAAAGGAAGAAAGCUCUGCUUUUGAGGAAUUAGAACCAUCUAAAACCAGCUCAGCUACGCCGAAGGGAUCGUCUUCGAGAUUUUCAUCCUUCUUCAGUAACGCAUCAAUAUCUGCUGUUAGUGCUGCGCAAGAAAGCAACAAAUCUGUCCCUGCCAACUCUCAUCCCGAACCAUCAACACAGACUAGCAGUUUCAGGUUGAUGUCUUUGUUCAACAAAGAAGAAAAGUCUGAUAACUCUCCAGUUAAUUCACCAAGCACACCGGGUACUCCUGUUACAAGUCCGCAAGAAAAAUCACAACAUACACAGCAGCAGCCGUACGCCAUCCAAACAUCGAACUCUCCAGAGCAGUCUAAUCAAUUUUUCCAAAGCUUAAUGACCAAGGGAAAGACUGGUACGAUAUGUAAUGAACCUUCUGGGCAAAAUGGGUCACAUCCAUCAAACUCUCAACAUCAAAUACUAGAGAAAAUAGCAUAUACCGGGCCUCAACAGGUUUCUGCUCCUCCAGGCCUGACCAAGGCAAAUGGGCCAUCUGCAAUUGUUCCCACGGUACCCCCCUCUGGCUUCCCGCUGCAUUUUACACACCCACAUAUGAUACCACCAAUGAAUAGCCAAAUAGCCAUGCCACCUCCUGGUUUUCAAACUUUUGCUAUGGCUCCACCACCUGGUAUGUUUAGUGGAGCAACAAUAAACGCUGAACAAGGACAUCAAAGUCAGGGCCCACCAUCCCAACAAUCAGAACCACUACAGUCUCAACAUCAACCACAGCAACAGCAACAGCGACAGCAACAACAACAACAGAAACAGUCUCACCAUCAACAACAACUGAAACAACAACUGAAACAGUCUCAACACCAACAACAACAUCAACAACAGGAGCAACAGGAACAUCUUCAGCAUCAGCAUCAACAAUCAGAACAGUCACACCAAUCUGCCCAGCAACAAGAACAACUUGAAUAUCGUCAGCAGCACCACCAACAGUCUCAGCAGACACAGCCAUCGGUGCAGCAGCAGUCAAGUGGAAAUUCGAAUAAACGCUCGCAACACACAGUGCCAUCACAAUAUAUGCCAGCACCAGGUGGGUUACCCCCACUGCAACCACCAAUCCAAGGUAAUCAAAACCAAUUUACACGCCAGCAAUCGGCAGCAUUCGUCCCAUACGGUCAAAAGAUGGUUCCGCAACCACCUGCUGGAUUUGCACCAUAUGGGCAAAACAUGAUGCCUCAGCCGCCAGCAGGAUUUACUCCAUAUGUUCAAAAGAUUUCGCAACCACUUACUGGUUUUAAUCCAUAUGACCAAGCCAUACCCCCUCAAUUACAACAGCAGAAAAAAUAA